UGCAAAGUGUUAAUCAUUUUUUAUUUUGCAGUGUUUAGUUUUAUGAGGCGUUAGUCGAGUUCGUCACAUUAGUUGAGUGGCGGACGUUCCAGCGACAGCCUCGAGCAGCAGCAGAAGCACCAGCAGCAGAAGAAGAAGUAUUGGCAGCAGCAUGACAAACAAAAGCCAGCCGCAGCACAUUUUGAAGCUCAGCGCUGAGCAGCGACGCCGCUUUGUUGACUCCUUCGAUCGGGUGUACAGUGACAUAGAUGGAGUUAUCUAUACCCUGAAGGUGAAUGUGCCCAAUGCCGACCAGGCCUACGCGGCCCUGAAGCGUGCCGGCAAGCAGCUCACCUUUGUUACGAACAACAGCGCGCGCACCGUUGACGAAACUGUGAAGCGUUUUGCGAAGGCCAACAUGCAGGUGGAACCAGAGCAAAUCUGGCAUCCGGCUCAGACAAUGAUCUACUAUUUGCAAAGCAUCAAAUUCGAGGGUCUUAUCUACAUCAUAGCCUCGCCUCAGUUCAAGACGGUGCUGCGCGAGGCGGGCUACCAGCUUAUCGAUGGCCCCAACCAGUUCAUUGAUGACACCUAUGAGGAUUUGGCACGCAAUAUUUUUGACAAGCAGCCGGUGCGCGCUGUCGUCAUCGAUGUGGACUUCAAUUUGACCGCGCCCAAAAUGUUGCGCGCCCAUCUCUAUUUGCGUCAUCCCGAUUGCCUGCUGCUCUCCGGCGCCACAGACCGUUUGUUGCCCGUGGCAAAGGGUGUCAACAUCAUUGGACCCGGCGCCUUUGCCUCCGUUCUGGUCGAGGCCAGCGGCAAGCAGCCCACGGUUCUGGGCAAACCGGGACGCGCUCUGGGCGAUAUGCUGAUCCAGCAGCACAAUAUUACCGUGCCCAGUCGUGUGCUCAUGAUCGGCGAUAUGCUUGCCCAGGAUGUGCACUUUGGCCGUAUGUGCGGAUUCCAAACGCUGCUCGUUCUCACCGGCGGCUGUACGCUCGACCAGCUCCAGGCGGAGACCUGUCCUGAACAUCUGCCCGACUACUAUGCCGACAGCAUCGCCGAUUUCAUUCAAUUGCUUGCCGACAUCGCGCCCAAGGCGCAUGUCUGAGGCCCACUACACUAUACACCAUAAGCAUUCGGGAUUGGGGCACGUAACUGUAAUCUGUAAACGGUUAAGGGUUCAGGUGUGGUAGACAUCAUAGGUAUAUAGGCAGAUUCGGAACGUAACCAUCAUUGUGGUUGAUCUAUGCAACUAUUGCAUUCUGUUCCAGAAACCAACAAUAAUUCUGUUUAAUUUGACAUAGUUUUAUUUAAUUGAGAUAUGCAAAUAUCGUAAGCGUUAGUCCAACUAAAAAUACCCCCAAUAAUACUCCAAGAUUUGCAUAAGAAUCGAACCAUUUUUGUUAACGCAAAUGUUACAAUUAAAUGCGAUUUGCUGCCUUGAGUAUUGCCUCAUAGAAAUCAUUUGUUAUAGUUAAGUAAAAUCAUGGAAUGUUUGGUUCUUGCUCCUGCAAUUCAUUUGUUUAUUAUUUACAUUAUUUUUUAUUGAUUAACAAAUAAGAGAUUCACUUGCCGAGUAAGUCGAGCAUCUGGAAAAUGU